AUGUUUCGCGCGCAGCAGAAUGCAUUUGACGAUGCCGUCGCCAAGGCGACGGACGAGAACCUGACCUCCGAGAACUGGGAAUACAUUCUGGAUGUUUGUGAUAAAGUUGGCUCAGAGGAAUCAGGUGCGAAAGAAGCCGUUGCUGCAAUGAUCAAGAGGUUGGCCCACCGGAAUGCCAACGUGCAGCUUUAUACAUUGGAGCUUGGAAAUUCGUUGGCGCAGAACUGCGGGCUUAAGAUCCAUCGUGAAUUGGCUUCGAGAAGCUUUACUGAUGCACUGCUGCGUCUGGCGGCCGAUCGUAAUACGCAUCAACAAGUCAAGUCGAAGAUUCUGGAGCGCAUGGAGGAAUGGACCCAAAUGUUCUCUCCCAACCCAGAUUUCGGCAUUAUGGAGCAAGCUUACACGAAAUUAAAAGCUACGAACCCCAAUCUUCAGCCUCCAUCGAAACCUGGUAAGCGCGAGAUUACCGAUGUCGAUCGCCAGAUGGAAGAAGAGGAAUUGCAAAUGGCACUAGCCCUCUCAAUUAAAGAGAAGGCAGUUCCAGGUCCAGCUACGGUUGCCGCUGCCACUGCGGCGGCCCCUCGUGCUGAGUCGUCAGCCGCCGCUGCACCGGUUUCUGCACCUGCAACAAAAGCGGAGCCUGCUGAGGCCCAGCCUGUUCUCUCUGGAACAUCGGUCGCUACUGUAUCCCGCGUGAGAGCAUUGUUCGACUUCCAGCCGUCUGAACCCGGUGAGCUCCAAUUCCGCAAAGGGGAUAUCAUUGCAGUUCUGGAGUCAGUCUAUAAGGAUUGGUGGAAGGGCUCUUUGAGAGGCCAGACUGGUAUCUUCCCUCUUAACUAUGUCGAGAAACUUCCCGACCCAACUGUGGACGAACUACAGCGAGAGGCUCAGAUGGAAGCGGAUGUCUUUGGUCAGAUUAAGAGCGUGGAGAAGCUUCUCACCCUGCUGAGCACCCGAAAUUCGGAUCUUAAUGUCCAAGAAAACGAAGAAAUUACGACGCUCUACCAGGCUACGCUUGCGAUUCGGCCCAAGCUUAUUGAGUUGAUUGGCAAGUAUUCGCAAAAGAAAGAUGAAUUCACUCAGCUCAAUGAGAAGUUCAUCAAAGCUCGUCGUGAUUAUGAAUCCCUUCUAGAGGCGUCGAUGGCCCAUCCACCGCAGUCUCAAUAUGGACGUCCUGCCCAGCCACAGUACGGAUACCCUGGUGCUCCGCCCACUGGGUAUCCCCCUGCUCAGGCUGAUCCGCGAUACUUUACUCCCCGGCCUCAAGAAAAUACCGCCACACAGGCGAGCGCUCCAUAUGCGCCUUACUCCGCUGAGCAGACUAUGCCGUACCGCCCCGCCUCUCAUUCUCCCGAUCUUCGUAACCAGAUUCAAGCCGGGGCACCGCCUGUGCAGCAACAGACACCCCAACCCGAUCCUUACCAGCCUGUUCACCACCGCCCGCAGUCUACAUACGAUCACCCCCAAGAAUUAGGGACGUCUGUCUAUGAUUCACCCGUCGAUCACCCGGCUCCUGCCCAGCGCUUGCCCUACACCCAAAGUGGGCAAGCUCCUCCUAGCCAGCAGUUCCAACCGCAAGGCUACUCGCCCUCGGGUUACCCAAUUGAAGACACGGCCCAAGCCCCACCCGCAUCCACUCUGCCUCAAGUCCCCCAUCAGUUCCAGCAACAACCGCAGCAACCUCCGUACCCCAACUCCCCUGCCUCACAACAACCUGCACCCUCGCAUCAGCCUCCGCCAGUGCCUGGUGCAUCCCAACAGCCUCAGUAUACCUCCUACACCCCCCGGCACCUGCACCAGCGGGCGAUUAUCAAGCGUACCAACCCUCACAGGGAGGAGCAGCUGGCUCGAACCCGGCUUCAUUCUAUCAGUAAUUAG